GUAAUUUAGAAGCUGCUCAGGAAAAAUUUAGAGAUGAAUUUAAAUUAGAGAAAGCUGAAGCUCAACUAAAAUUGCCUGAUACAGAAACUGAAGUGUUAAAAUCAUCCUAAAAUUUUUACCUAGGUAAGUCAGGAAAAUGAAAACUACCAAGAAAAAGCAAUUUAAAAAUAUAGAAGAAGUUUUCUUGCAAAUUAACCAUGAUUACGUUAAAAUCAAUAAAAGAGAAUCAAAAAGAAACAACCUUGUCCUACGAACUGUUCUCGCUGAAAUAUUAAAAAUAAUGCGAGAGUGUGAUCCAUUAUUUGAUAGUAUGAAACCGAGACUAGAUUAUUUAGGCAGCUACUAUGACGGAUUACGAGUAGGACAUCCUACCGAAUUUGACAUCAACGUUAUUUUAAAAUUGCCUAUCAAUUACAGUAAUAUAAAAUUGGAUUGCACGAAAACUGAAUAUGAUUACACAAAUGUGAUAUUGCCAUCCGAAUUCCGGAGGUUAUGUAAAUCUACAACGACCUCCAAAAAAGGAUUUACGAAGACCGAACUCUGGUGUGAUAGUACUCAUCGAUUAUCUGUUGUGAAAUUUAGAUCUUGGAUGCAAAGUGUAGUCGAUUCAGCAUUCAGUAAACUACCUAUUUCAAAUGGACGACACGUACUAAAAGUAAAAAAUAUAAUCUACGAACUUACUGCGAAAAUGUCUGGACCAGCAAAUACGAUCACUAUAUAUAAAAAUACCAAUAUUAUUGAUGUUGAUUUGGUACCGACGUUCGCAUUUGAUUUACCAAGUGGGAAAAAAUCGAAAACCAAAAUAAAAUGUUUAAAUUCUGCUGUCAAUUUUCACCGAGAAGAAUUCGAAUAUAACAGUCGAUAUUUCAUCGUUCCUAAACCAACACGAGACGAAUAUUUAUGGAGAUUAACAUUUCCAUUUCAAGAACGGGCAUGCAUGAAAAAACAAAACAAUUUUAAGAGUGCUUUAAAACUCAUUAAACUUUUACGCGAUACUCAAAGGUUUCAUAAAUUGGCAAGUUAUUACAUAAAAUCAUUAUUUUUAUGGGAAGCAAGAUCCCAAAAUGACGAAUUCUGGAUGAAGUCUUUGUCAGAUUUAGUUAUUUAUAUGCUUAAGAAACUAAGAGAUCACUUGGCCUCAAAAGAAAUAAAAAAUUAUUGGUGCUCUGAGAAUAACCUGCUUGAAAAACUUAAACAUGAAACUUGUAUAAAUUGGUCUAAUAAAUUGAGCCAUAUUAUUAACGAUAUAGAUCAAAAGAAAUAUCACAAUCCCUCCAUUAUAUUUAAAUAUUUUACAGUCAAACCUUUCAAUGUAAAUUAAUAAAUGGUCCUAUUUA